CACCCAUUCAUUGUAUCUUGUACACCAUCAUUACUAUGUAUUUGCCCAUUUUGCCCACAUUACGGCAUGACUGUAACUUUCUGAGGCUUUAAAGUCCAACCGGAUGCUACGUAUUAGUGUACAAUACAGGUAUAACGACGCCUAAUUACCUAUCAAUCACUAAACCGAGCCAGGCCGUAAGGCAACAAGCUCCGGCAUUAGGUAAACCCAUUGGAAAAAAACCCACCUUUUGAACCAAAACCUCUUUUCGCACCUUUAUCUUUUAUCUCCCUCCAAUUUCCAUCAUCAUCACCAUUCAUCAAAAUUCCUGCUCCGGUCUGGUCUUCUAUAUUUUCGAGAUAGAGAAGCCAUGGCAUCAAGAAAGGUGUCGGCCCUCAAAUUCGUGGGGACCGUCUCUCUGGGUCUCUUAACCGGAACUUCCUACACCCUCUCGGCCCUCGCGCUCCCCUCCCUCCUCGAGCUCCCCUCCGCCGCCUCCGCCUCCAAGGCCCUGCGCACCCUCGCCUCCGCCGCCUCCACGCACCUGACCUCCCUCGCCGGCCUGUCGGGCUCCGCCUUCCUGCUCGCCUUCGCCCUGUCUCCCCGCGGCUUCCGACACCCCUACCUGCUGUACACCUCCGUCUUCUGCCUCGGCACCCGCCUGUCCGACUACGUCACCCCGUCUCUGUUCGGCGCCCCCCCGGUAUCCAGCAGCGGCGGCUCGUCCGCGUCCGCGUCUGCUGCCGCUGCGCAGCGCCGACAGGCUCGCAGGGACAGGAAGGCCGCGGCACGCCGCGGCAUGGAGGCUUCGUACGAGGAUCUCGGCGGCUCCGGCUCGCAUAGCGACGGGACCGUGAGCGGCGAGGAGCUCGACGACGAGCACGAGCACGAGGUCAACGGCGAGGACGUCCGCCGCGAGGCCGAGUACUUCGCCCGCAACCAGCUGGUGCAGACCGCGCUCGCGGGCGUCGGCUUCGCCAUGGCCGUCGUCGGCAUCUGGGGAGACGGUGUGGUCAGCGUUUCCGAGACGCUGGUCCUCGAAUUGUAGAGUGGGAUGGGGAAGGGGAAGGGAAGGCGAGGGAAGGCGAGAAGUAACUCACGAAAAAAAAAAAACAUAUUGCUCAACAAAGUAAAACUAAAACUAAACCAAAGCGAAUUCGGAGAUCAGAGUAGGAGACUCGGAUCGUUUGAAUUCUCACCAUUCGUUCGGAUUUUGAUGGAGAAGGCGUGAGUGAAUCCAUGAGGAAUUUAGGAUUGGGUUGGGUUGGGUGGAACUGACUGCUGGAGACAAGAACAACAACAUAUAUAUCAUAUAUCCUAAAGGCUAUUUCUUUUGUUUUUCUCAUUUUUUUUCAGUAGGGUUGUUCGGAUCGACCUUGUUGUGUAUAUUCCAGGCUCCCACCUCCCUCUGAAGACGUUUUCGCAUGUUUGCACGCGUAGUGGGAAAAAAAGAAAGAUUAAAAAAAUAUACAUAAACAUAUAACUAGCAUAAUAUAGGCGUUCACUAUGGAAAAUAGUAGUAGAGAUGAGAACUAUUUAGCAUCUCCUGUUUUUCAAGGUAUAACUAUAGGAGGUAAUUACUCUCUCGGCUUUAUUUUCACGAGUGAGAUUCAUACGACUAUAGUCUAGAAGAUUAUUCGUC